AUGACUUCGCUUCCUUAUAAAACGGCUGAUCAGAUGGAUGUCGCCGAUAUUCCACUUGCCAACAUUCAUACACCUCAGCAGCAGCGCACCACUCGCAGAACAUCUACAGACUCAGUCGGCGGUCCUCCUCCAGCUCACUUCCUCCAUCAGCAUCGUAUGGAUGAUCCACAUUUCUUCGAAGGAAUGCAUAUUGAUCAUCACGCUGGUUACGAUCACCUCCGAAAUGACAACGCUAGCGCAAGCGGUAGUGGCAGCAACGGCGAUUCCUCCAAUGCUACAAACAUCGACUCGAAUGCCAAUCAGAAUACGCUCGUCGAGCGUACUCAGCGUCCCAACAAAAUCGGCCUGCCAGCUAGACACGAUCCAUUCGAACCACCGCACGCUCCCUUUGCAAGUGCUGACGCCCUCAACAAAACUCACAGUCGUGCCAGCUCCCUUGCUAGCUCUGUAGACGAGUCGGACGAUUUCGAUUGGGACACCUCCAGCGACGACGAAGACGACCACGAGAAGCGCACCCGCAACGGUGCCAAGAUCACACGUGCAAAGCGUGGUCGCAAGGUCUACCUUGCCUGUCUCCGUCUUGCUCGUCCCGUUCGUAUCUUUCUUGCCGCCUUGAUCGGUACCGCCAUCUGUCUUGUUCCCUUUAUCGUCGUCACUGUCACCGACAACGUCUCGGCUGCUCGUGCGCAGGUCGUUGUCUGGAGCAUCUGGAUCGCCAUCAUCUGGGCCGCGGGCUGUGGAACCUUUCUCAUCGUCGAUUGGAUUCCGCCACUCGCGCUUCGCCUUAUCAUCGCUGUCUAUGGAAAGGCACCCGAGAUCGUCAAGACUUACAUUGAAGCCUUCAUGGCUACUACGCUCUACUUCAAGCUCGUCCUCUGCAUCACUUGGGCCUGGAUCAGUCUCGGCGGCGUUCUCGCGAUUCAGUACUCGUCCUACUCAAGACCAGAGUACUGGCGCACCAUUUUCAAAGUCAUCCGUUCCCUCUUUGCCACCAGCAUCAUCUUGCUCGUAGAAAAGGUAAUUCUUCAGUUCAUCGCCAUCAACUUUCACAAGACCGCCGUCAAGGAUCGUCUUGAGCAAAACCAGAAGGCGCUCAAGGCGCUCGACAAGCUCCACGAAUCCAAGUAUCUUAUGCAGAAGCGUCGCUUUAAUCCCAUGCGAAGUCGUCCCGUCUCACCUGGAUUCAAGCAGGCCUACGGUGGCCAACACUCCGCCAAGCAGUCCCGCGAUGGUCUCGGCGGCUACUUCCCAGCUGCCCAGCAAGCCGACUCAAACCCAGAGAAGCGUGCCAACGCUCAGAAUUUACACCACCAUCCGCACAUGCAUCUACACCGCAACGACGACGGCACACGUACGCCUACAGAGCACGAGACGCAGAAGCGCGAGCGCAAGACCAACGUCGCUGCUCAGAUCAGCGAUGCGAUCGCCAUGGCCACCAUGAAGGACAGCAAGCUUUACAAGGGCAGCCAGCUCGGUUCGCAGCGCUCCGCUCGCAAGCUUGCUAAACUACUCUUUACUAACCUCUCGGACUCCAAGUCGACGCUCGUGGCCGAGGAUUUUGUACCCUACUUCAAGAGCGAUGAAGAAGCACGCGAGGCCUUCAACCUAUUUGAUGCCGACCGCAACGGUGACAUCAGCAAAGAAGAGAUGCGUGAGGCGGUGCAGCGCAUCUACCGCGAGAGGCGCUCGCUCUCCACUUCGCUCAAGGACAUGUCGUCGGCCAUCUCGAAACUUGACGGUGUACUGAUGUUUAUCGGUCUCAUUAUCGUCAUCUUUAUUUGGAUGCUCAUCUUUAACGGUGACUCGACCGUCUCCAACAUUGUACCGCUCUCCACCUUUGUUGUCGGCUUCUCGUUCAUCUUUGGUAAUUCGGCCAAGAACGUUUUCGAGAGCAUGAUCUUUAUCUUUGCUACUCAUCCGUACGAUGUCGGUGACUUGGUCUGCAUCGACGACGAGUGGAUGUUUGUCAAGGAAUUCGGUCUGCUUUCCACCACGUUCCGUACAACGGUCAACGCCGAGAUUGUGGCUCCCAACGCGAUGCUGGCCACCAAGAAGUAUAUCUACAACUCACGACGCAGUGGUGCUCAGUGGGAAUUCACGCUGAUCCAAGUGGGCUUUGAGACGUCGCUCGAAACGCUGGAUCGACUUCGAUCCAAGUUGCGCGCCUGGACCAAGGAAAACGAUCGCGAGUUUGGUGGUCCGUUGGACGUCAACUUCAACUCGAUCACCCAACAGAACGCGAUUGAGCUGAUUGUCGCGUUCGAGCACAAGAGCAACUGGCAGGACUGGGGCGCUCGAUGGGAACGCAGGACCAAGCUCAUGAGGCGCAUUAAAACCGCCUGUGAGGAACUCGGCAUUGUCUACUCGAUGCCUCCUCAGCCCAUCACGUUCCAACCCCAGUCGGGCCCUGCUCCGUUCAAAUUUGGCAACGCGUCCGGACUUGCACAACAGCAGCAGCAUCACUCGGCGUUCUGA